GCUGGCCUCUCACUGCUGGAAACCCCUCCUUGCUGCCCAGCAGGAUGCUGAGCUGGAUCGAGCGGGUGGUGCCCCAGCCCCCAGUUGCUCAUCUGGUGGAGGAGAUCCCUCCAACUCCAGCUCCAGAGCAGGACCUGGAGCCACCUAAGGCACCAACAGGGAAGGCUGAUGGCCCCAGGAAUGCUGCUGACUGCGCACGCACUGAAGGUAAGGCCCCAUGCAGGGGAACACGGUGGUUUGGGCAGGGGAUCAGCAUUCCUUUGCUGGAUGGAUCCCUCCUGGCUGGCAUCCCAGGGGCUGCUGGAAUGGUGAUGAGAGCUUUCAUUUUGUUUUUUUUUCCUGUACUGCCAUUGCAUCCUCCAGUGUGCAGCAUGGCUUGCUUGGGAUUUUGCUUUCAGUUUUGGGGCUGGAUGCCUGGGAUGAAGGUUCUCAGCCUGACUUGCCCCUUCCCUGGCAGCAUGGGGAGCAAUGUGCUGUCCUGGCUCUCCCAGGGACUGGAGAAGGUGAUUCCCCAGCCAGUCCCAGCCCCAGGGACACUGCAGGCAGUUGGGAAGAGCUUCGAGACAAGCAUUGAUGUUCCUGAUCAGACAGAGGUCCAGAUCCUCAAGGACGAGGAAGAGGAAGCUCUGGAGAUAAUCCCCUUCGAUCCGGAAGAUGACAAGCUGGAUGACUGUGAGCCGGAUCCUGGCUCGGAUUCUGCCACCACGGAGUGGGCAGGAGUGCGGGUGCUCAACUGGCUGGUGCAGGGCUUUGAGAGGAUGGUGCCACAGCCAGAGGUGCUGAAGAAGCUGGAGCCGGAGCUGAAGGAGCAGAAGUGUGAAGCAGCAGAGGGAGGCACAAAAGGAACUAAACCCCAGGCAAAGCCAAAGAGCAACGAUCCAGCCACCCAGAGCACCCUGGCAGCAGUGGAGCCAGCAGUGGCUGAGACGCAGCCCGAGCCAGUGGCCACCCUUGUCCCUUGGUCCCUGGCUGGAGAUGGCAACAGGGUGUUUGCCUGGUUGGUCCAGGGGCUGGAGAAGGUGAUGCCUCAGCCAGUGACAAGGGAGAAGCAGGAGGCACAGGGAAUGGAUGCAGCAACUCUGAGUCCCGUGGAAGAAAUCUACUAUGGCUGCCAUUUCAGGGGCCCAGAGAUCCCUGAAAUCCCCCCAGGAAUCCAUAAGGAGCUGUUGCUGCUUGAGAAGUGUUUCAGUCCUGGCAUGUGCCAGCAUCUCAUGGUUGAGGAGGGAAAACAUGGGAUCUGCCCUGGUUCUACCACUGGGCUCUUGAAAAUGCACUGCUCACUUCAUCACCUGCCUUCCCCCAUUCCUUUUUCAGUACACAUUGUCCCUGAGGAACCCAAGGAGACAGACCUCAUCCUAGAAGAGAUUGAUGGUGGCUGGAGUAAUGAAGCCAUGUGCGAGAUGAUGGCCUGGGAUGCCGAGGCUGAGAUGGUGGCAGAUACUCCUUCCCUUCUCCCCAUACAGGAGGAACCUCAGGAAGAUGAAAAUAGGGUGUGGUUGUGCUCCCUGAGUGCUGGUGAGGGGGAAGAGGAAACGGAGCAGGAUGGGGAGGAAGAGGAGGAGGAGGAGGGGAAAAAGGAGGAGGAGUUGAAGGACAGUGCAGGACUCCUGCUCCUAUCACCUUGUCUCACUGCUGAGGAGGAUGUGGAGGAGGUCUACUUUGCAGAGGAGGCCUUCAGGACUGAGCAGCUGGAAGAAGCUGAGAUAAGUGAUCUCGAAGGUGCUUUUAUACAGGUACAGCAUCACUCCCUGCCUGGGCUCAGGUCUGCAAUAAACUCUUGCUGCCUGGUGUUUGCCAAGGUCUCACAGCUUGCCUGGAGGAACGCGGUGUCCUGGACAUCACCAUCUCUGAUCCUGAGACAGCAGCAGUACCUGUUCACCAAGGGAGGGGUGCUUUCACCCUGGAAUGGUGGUGCUGAACAACAAGCUGAGAGGCUGGAGAAUGACAGCGGGAGGGCACCUAGCAGCAUGGCCAGGCGUGCCAGAGACGUCGAGCUAGAUCAGCUGGUGCACGACAAGCCGCUGGCUGUGGGGGAUUCCUCCCCUCCCGGCCGCGGUGAGCUAGAGCAGCUCCCCAAUGUCCCCAGCUACCGAGCCACCGCUGCCUCCUGCAUCCCAGCCUUUGUUGCCAGCAAGCCCAAGGCUGCAGCUGUCAAGCCCAACUUUUGCCAUGAGGAGCAACCUCCCCUAGGGAAUGGGGGGAAAGGAGAGGCCUUCUGGAAUGUUGUGAGGUUUGGAGGCAGCUCCAUGGAGGCAAUGGGCUUUGGGGGUUCUGGGCCUGCACCCUUCUCACCUGCCAUUAUUGUCCUUCUUCACGGGCCAGGUAAUUACCCCACUGUGGACAUCAAGAAUGUGGACAGUAGAAGUAACACUGUAGAGGACAAUGGGAGCCGCUUACCAGUGCCCACCGCUGCCAGUAACAUGCUGGCGGUGCCCAGAGUGGCUCCAGCAUCCCCCAGGAGGAAGCUGCUGGCCCCUGAGGAUGGUCUGGAGGAGGGACCCAUGAGCCAGUCCCCAAACCAAGCACUGCUGGGCUGUGAUGAGAAGCAGAAGGAAAGCCUGCCCGAGCGCAUUGGUUCAGCCACAAGCCUGAGCAGUGCUGUCAUCAACAACCGGCUCCAGGAGCUGGUGAGGCUCUUCAAGGAGAGGACCGAGAAGGUGAAGGAAAAGCUGACCGACCCCGACAUCACCUCAGAUGAAGAGAGCCCAAUGGCAUCUCCCGCCAAGCCGGCACUGCCAGCAGCACGAGUCCCUCCCCCAGGAGCGCAGCCAGAGGGGGAGAAGGUGGCAGAAGAGGAGCACUACUGCGAGAUGCUGUGCUGCACGUUCAAGUACCGGCCCUGGCUGGACCUCCUGAGAAACUACCAGUUCCCCAGCAGCAUUGACCCACUCACGAAUCUGAUGUACGUGCUGUGGUUGUUCUUUGUUGUCAUGGCCUGGAACUGGAACUGCUGGCUGAUCCCUGUCCGGUGGGCUUUCCCCUACCAGACGCCAGCAAACAUCCACUGCUGGCUGUUCAUCGACUACCUCUGUGACCUCAUCUAUCUGCUUGACAUCCUCGUCUUUCAGACCCGGCUGCAGUUUGUCCGUGGGGGAGAUAUAAUAAGUGAUAAAAAGGCCAUGAAGGAGAACUACCUGCGAUCACAACGCUUUAAGAUGGAUAUGGUGUGCCUCCUGCCCCUGGAUUUCUUCUACUUCAAAGUUGGUGUCAACCCACUCCUGCGCUUUCCUCGCUGUCUGAAGUACAUGGCCUUCUUCGAGUUCAACAACCGCCUGGAGGCUAUCCUGACCAAGGCAUACAUCUACAGAGUGAUUCGGACCACAGCCUAUUUACUGUACAGCUUGCAUGUGAACUCCUGCCUCUAUUACUGGGCAUCAGCCUAUGAAGGACUGGGCUCUACCACCUGGGUCUAUGACGGGGAAGGAAACAGCUACAUCCGCUGCUACUACUGGGCAGUCAAAACCCUCAUCACCAUUGGGGGCCUGCCGGACCCCAAGACACUGUUUGAGAUCGUCUUCCAGCUGCUGAACUACUUCACGGGUGUCUUUGCUUUCUCCGUCAUGAUAGGGCAGAUGAGAGAUGUGGUCGGUGCCGCUACCGCGGGGCAAACAUACUAUCGGAGCUGCAUGGACAGUACCAUUAAGUACAUGAACUUCUACAAAAUCCCCAAAACUGUUCAGAACAGGGUGAAAACGUGGUACGAGUACACAUGGCAUUCGCAAGGCAUGCUAGAUGAGUCAGAGCUGCUGGUGCAGCUGCCAGACAAGAUGAGGCUGGACAUCGCUAUUGAUGUGAACUACAGCAUCGUGAGCAAAGUGGCUCUCUUCCAGGGCUGCGACAGGCAGAUGAUCUUUGACAUGCUGAAGCGGCUCAGAUCCGUGGUCUAUCUGCCCAAUGACUAUGUGUGUAAGAAGGGAGAAAUUGGCCGUGAGAUGUACAUUAUCCAGGCGGGACAUGUGCAGGUGCUGGGGGGACCUGAUGGCAAAACUGUGCUGGUGACUCUGAAACCUGGAUCUGUGUUUGGAGAGAUAAGCUUGCUGGCAGCAGGAGGGGGCAAUCGCCGAACAGCAAACGUUAUUGCUCAUGGCUUCGCCAACCUUUUCAUUUUGGAUAAGAAGGACUUGAACGAGAUUUUGGUGCAUUAUCCAGAGUCCCAGAAGCUGCUGAAAAAGAAAGCCAAGAAAAUGCUGAAAAGCAACAAUAAACCCAAAGAUGCGAAAGGAGUUCCUGGAGACUCGCUGAUCAUCCCGCCAAAACCUGACACCCCAAAGCUCUUCCAGGCUGCUCUGGCUGCAGCAGGGAGGAUGGGGGGCAAAGGGCCGCUGGCACAGCUCCGCUGGAGGCUGAGGGAGCUGAAGGCAAUGCAGGCGAUGCAGGAUUCCAGAUUAAGUCCAACCCCGCCAAAAUCACCAGUGCAUCAGAGGUCACCUGUCAUCUCCCACAAAGUACGCACCCACCUGGGAGAAGAAAUAUUCUCUAAAUCAUCUGAUAGUUUAGUCACUAUUCGUGUGAUUUCCACAGCACAAGAAGACGAAGAGAUCCUUGCUGCUGAGAUUUCAGGGCAAGAAGAGGAAAAAAAAGAUAAAUGAGAACCAAGCAUGUCCUGAGGCAGGAGUUAGGAGCUGUAGCUGUAGGCUUCGCUAGGUGCUGCGGGUAGGAUCUGCAUUUCCUUUCAGCCUAGACCUUCACUCAAUGUUGAUAAAACCCUCUGCCAUAUGACCCAAAAUCAUACAAGGUUUCUGAGCUCUGAAACCUGAGCAUCUUUAUGAAUAUUCCCACUAAGCCUCAGGCCAGCCCUCUUGCUUCGAAAUCCAGCCUUGCAGAGAGGGAGCCCUGAAGAAAUUGCUUUUUAUGGCUCUGGGUUGUUAAUGAGUAUUCAGGUGAAGCGUGAAGAAUUCUUUGCCUCUGACAGCUGAGUCACAGCUUGGUCCAAAGCAACCAGGGGAGAUAAACAACAAGGUUUCUCUCUUGGGCUUAAGGUAGUCAGGAGCAGAUGGAGAGUGAUUAAUUCAAGAAGGAUGUGGACUAUGCUCACAGGCCGAGCACAGAUCCACUGUCACAACACCACCGAGGUCUGUCCUUGUGUGCAUGGACUGCAAGAUGCUUGAGGGUCCCUGUGUGGUGCCAAGACUGCCUUGGGUUUCCUGUUGGGAAGAGGAUUUCCUACCAACCAUUCAUCCCAGAGAGGAGAUGGGCUCUCCAUAGCUGGUGGCUGUUAUGGAGAGAUGUGAUGAGUACCUUUCACGGAUGGAAAAGCACAAUCUUGGAUGAGAAGGUGUUUCUGGAGAUCACUGGGUUCCCAUAGGUGCACCAGCUGGGAGGGAUAAACUGAGUGCAGGAAAGGAGAAACCCUAUUGGUUUACAGCUGGGUCAGGGAAGUGCAGUGCAGAAUGUGCUCUCCUCUCUCAGCCAGUGUUUCAGAGUCAGGUCAGAGCCCAUAGUGUGUAAGCAAGAGUGCACAAGUGUGCAGGUGGUCCCCUGCCUCAUUGCUGAACCUCAGUGACCUACAAUAUCUCCAGCAGCCAAUUUCCAGCCUUUUUGGUCACUUGGUUGACUCUUGGCCACAUUUUCUGAGGAGAAGCCAUGAAGAAGCAAGACUCUGGUCUUGCUCUUGACUGCAACAGGGCACUUGUGAAGGCACUUUCCCAAGGGUGCUGGAUGGAAAGGUGAACACCUGGCUAGCAGCCAGCUUGCCCAGCUGACAGCUCAAGGUGUACAGUCUUCCCCCAGCACCAUCAGUUCCCCAUCUUCCUCAAACCCAGAACCAAGUGGAGCAAGCUUCCUGUGAGCUGAGAAGUGGCAAGAAGCGGUGAGUGAGACAGUGCCACCACACAUGGGGAUGAUGCAGAUCCACCCCAAGGUUUCACUGGCCACAUCUCCAACUGGCACCGCUGGCUCUGUCAAGAGGAGCCUGUUUCCACCCUCUUGAGGAGAAGCAGGGGCAGAUUUUGCCACAGGGAGCAGUCCCAGCACCACAGCUGAGGGAAUUCCCAGCAAACAC